AUGGCAGCCGGCGGCGGCGGCGAGGCUUCGGCGGCGGGAGGCGGGGAAGGUGGCGUGCGGGGCGUGGAUCCGGCGCCGGAGGAGAAGGCGGCGGCGGCGCGGGUGUUCGCGGCGUACGGCUGGGCGGCGGGGGCGGCUGGCUCCCCGCCCGCGCUCGAGGUGCUCGGCUUCGACGCCAAGGAGUCCCUCUCCCCCGAGCCCCUGGCGAGGGCUGUGCUCGGGGAGGGCGGCGCGGGCGACGCGCGCGCGGCAUCGCGGUGCACCCUGCCGGCGACGAGCUCGUCUGCGCCACCGCCACGGGCUGCAGCACAGACGGUGCCAAAUUUGCCAUUGGUGGAGAGGAUGGACAUCUCAGAAUAUUCCAUUGGCUACAUGAAUGUGCUUUUGGAUGAACCUAAAGCUCAUAAAUCCUUCCGAGACAUGGAUAUCAGCUUAGACUCUGAGUUCUUAGUUUCAACAUCCACUGAUGGAUCUGCAAGAAUAUGGAAGAUAGAUGAGGGUGCACCACUGGUCAAUUUGACUCGAUCCUCGGAUGAGAAGAUUGAGUGUUGCCGCUUUUCUAGGGAUGGCAUGAAACCAUUCCUGUUUUGCACUGUUGCAAAAGGUUCCAAAGUUGUUACUGUUGUCUGGAACAUAAGCGAUUGGAAGAGAAUUGGGUACAAAAGACUUCUGGGAAAGCCUAUCUCUACACUUUCAGUUAGCUUGGAUGGGAAGUAUCUGGCAUUAGGAAGCCAUGAUGGUGACUUCUGUGCUGUUGAUGUAAAGAAAAUGGAAGUUUCUCACUGGAGCAAGAAAGUUCAUCUUGGUUCCCAGUCACCUCCAUUGAGUUUUGCCCUACUGAAAGAGGUUAAGGUUGUAAUCUCCACAUCGCAUCAAUGGGGAGCAGAGCUGACGAAACUGAACGUGCCUGCUGACUGGAAAGAAUGGCAGGUCUGGCUCGUACUCCUGGCACUCUUCCUAGCAUCCGCCAUCCUGUUCUACAUGUUCUACGAGCGCUCGGACACAUUCUGGAACUUUCCCAUGGGGCGACACCAGCAGGCGAAGCCAUGGAACGUGCUCAAGGAGUCUCCUCCGGUCCCCGAGGACCAGAAUCCAUGGUGA